UAGCAGAAUAGCCCGUACUUUGUUUACGUCCCGCUGCUGGACUGACAGCUGUCGGAAAGCUUUACGCACAUGAACGUUCAUAACUGCGUGUCUGUCGUGGUUGCCCGCAACUUGGUGAACUUUUGUUUUGAAAUGCUAAGGAUGGAGCGUUUUGUUGAAUGAGAAGAAGACUCGCUAGAUGCCGACAGGAGGAUGAACUCCAUCACCGGUCGGGCUCUUGCUAUCCCCGCCGCCUCUGUCACCAACUCUGGAGCUUCAUCCUCUCGAGCCCUGCAUGUGGAGCUCACAUCCCAGCAGAGACGGUUGCGUCAUCUCCGGAGCAUUGCUGCCAGGAACAUAGUCAACAGGAAUGGUUCUCCGCUGCUGGACACUUACUUCACCCUCCACCUCUGCGUAGGAGACCGCAUUUCUAGAGAUUUUUACAAGAGUGAAGUCAUUCGAGACUCACUGAACCCAACCUGGCGGAGCUUGGACUUUGGAAUGCUCCCAGACCUCCUGGAUACUUCAGUGUCUUGCUUUGUGGUUCGGAUUUGGGGUGGGCAGAAGGAACAGUACCAGCUCCUCAUUGAAUGGAAGGUCAACUUGGAUGGCCUGAGAUACACAGGACAACAGAUUCGAUCCAGAUACCCAAAUGAGAUCAUAUUUGGGCUGAAUGAUGGCUACUAUGCAGCUGACUUUGAUCACAAGGAUACGUCGGAGCAGAAGAAUUACAGUCUGCUUCAGGUCGACCAGAGUUCAGUCAGGAACUCCUACAGCGUUUUCUCUUUGCUCAGGCUUCACACAGCACAGAGAGCCAUCAAGCAGACCCAAGUGACAGUUCAGAGGUCCGGCCAGGAGAUUGAAGAAAAACUAAGAACAACGGCGGCUUGUACUGAGCGGAAGAAGGAGCGGGAGUGCAUGCAGCUGCGCAUAGCUGUACUCUGCAGCGAGCUGCAGCGGCAGAAGAAGGCGUUUGGCAGGGAAAUAGACGUUCGGCAGAAGGAGAGGGCACAUCUACAGAAGAAAGAGGAAGCGUUUUCCUCUCAGCACGAAAGUCUGAAGGAGGAGAAAGAAUCCCUAACAAAGUUGCAGAAGGAAUGUACGGCCAAGAGAGAGCAGUUCCUCAAAACCAACGCCCAGCUCACCUUCCGCUGUCGUCAGCUCCUCUCUGAGCUCUCCUACAUCUACCCCAUCGAUGUGGUCAAUCAGUCGGAUUAUGUCAUCUGUGGAGUGAAGCUGCCAAACUCGGACGACUUUCAAGCAAAGGAUGAUGGGAGCGUGGCGGUCGCCCUGGGUUACACGGCACACCUGGUCCUGAUGAUCUCCUGCUUCCUCCAGCUCCCUCUCCGGUACCCUGUGAUCCACAAGGGUUCCCGCUCCUCCAUCAAGGACACCAUCACUGACAGACUCACUGAGAAGGAGAGAGAAUUCCCAUUGUAUCCUAGAGGAGAGCGCUUUCAUUUUGAAUACGGCGUCUACUUGCUAAACAAGAACAUCGCCCAGCUGAGAUAUCAGCACGGUUUGACCACCCCGGACCUGCAGCAGACGCUACCCAACCUGAAGAACUUUCUGGAGCACGGCCUGAUGGUGCGAUGCGACCGACAUCACGUCUCCAGCUCGAUUCCAGUGCCCUCCAAGUCGCAGCUGGGUGUGUCCGCCGCCUCAGAAACGGGCUACCCUCACCACAACAGUUCUCCGGACCGAGGCCCGAGGAAGAGGGCGAGCUCGGAGGCCGAGGCACAGCUCAAGUACAAGCCAACGCCUUCCCCAAACAACAAGGCAGCCGCAGGGGAAGAGAGGCCUCCGGCUAACCUGACACCACCUUCACCGGCACCAAAACAUGUGUCCUCGUCGCUUGAUGCCAGCAUGGCCUCACCUCACCUCAACACACAUGCAGCGGCCAAGGAGGAGGAGGAGGGGGAGCAGGGUGGGCACACGGAGGUAGAGGAGAAAAAUAAAACCGCUGGCAUAGAGAGGGAAGCGGAUAAACAGAAAGAAUCCGAGGAGCGGCUGGCCAGCAGCGCAGGGGCAUCCAGUUCCUCCGUAGUGCAGGAAGUUGGAGAGGAAACUGUUUCCAGUAACCAUACAGGCGCAAUGAACGGCUCCCUGGCAAAAGGUCAGGCGCCGUUAGGCCUCGUCCCGGAGCUGCACUGCUCCGUGGAGCAAGCUGAGGAGAUCAUGGGCACAGAAGCCACGGGGCUAGGGAUGGGGUUGGGGCUAACAGAGGAGGCCCGGCUGGAAGACUACCACUGUGUUCCCGUGGAUCACGCGGUAGCCGUUGAGUGCGACGAACAGGUGCUGGGUGAGCUGGACGUGGCAGGCUUUGAGGAGUUCAACAGGCGCAUCUAUGCACUAAACGAGAACAUGUCCAGCUUCCGCCGGCCACGCAAGAACUCUGACAAAUGAGAUUUAUGGAGUGGUGCGGGGUGGGGCAGAAGGCCAGAGGGAGUCUUGGUAAAACUUGCACAUCGUCUGAACAGAUACAAGGCAGGGAGAUGAACUGAAAAGACUGGAGUGUGGUUCUGAGCAACAGUUGUUCUGGAUGAACCGAUUUGCACUUAUUAAUGACAUUUCCCCCAGAAAUCUUUCCAGUUAGAAAAGUCAAAUGAAAGUCCUGGGACAGAAAGUGUUUUUGUUUUGAUUCCAGCAGCUAUACAUCUUUAGAAAAAUGGCCCGAAACGGCUCAUCAGGUGUUUUAAUUUACUAAGUUUGACAUCAGUUUCUGAAUUCAACAAUUACGCGAGACAUUACAUGGGACCACUCAGGUGACAUUUCCACUCAUCUGGUUUUCCAAUAGAGAUGCACAGAGAAACAGAAUCUAGUCAUUGUCAGUUUGUUUGGCUCUGACAAUUACAAACUUAACCCAAACUCUUCAGUGUGGAAGUUCCUGCUGUGAGAAGAAGAUUAAAAGUUUGCUAGUUUAGUGUCAUUGAGGUGUUUAAGAUGAAGUCAGGAGAAGCAGAUAUAAGUUUUGAAAGAAAUCUGAGUUUUCUAUGACAUGUUGGAGAAUGUCAAAACAAAUGCAAAUAUUUUAGGACACUUGAAAUAAGACAAACCCAACAUACGAGUAACUUUUUAGCAAGAUAUAAAAGCUUGUUUUAAGUAGUUCCUAAAUAUUGGUAAUUAAAAAAAUAAGUACUCUCUCCACUGGCACUAGUUCACUUCCACCAAGACAUUUUCCAAUGAUAUAAGUGAAUUAAUCUGCUGGUGGAAGUAGUCCUUUUUUCAUCCAUAUUAAUGAAUUAUUUACUUAAGACAAGCUCCUAUAUCUUGCUGAACAGUUACUUAUUAGUUGGUUUUGAUUUAUUUUAAGUGUACCAACAUAUUUGCACUAGAAACUAGACCAAAAAUACUUGGUAAAGACGUUGUGUUUUUGCAGUGCUGGGCUUGACUCAGGCUGCAAGAGAGAGAGAGAGCAAGACUUACAGCAGAUAACAGGAAGGCUGAGUGUAAAGUACUACUUUCGGAACUCUCUCAGGUCAGGAAUAAACCGAGUCAUCCUAAUGGUGUUUCAAAUGUCAGCCCAGUGGGUUGGAUGUCAGUAGAAUGCUUUCUGUUAUAGAUCUGAAUGUUAUUAGCAAGGCAAGCCUUACAAAAACCUGAAAUUGGAAAUUGACCACAGUCGUCUUGUAUCUUUACUGGCUAUUAUUAGCAUCACAACCCUUUACAACUUCAGUUAAAAAUCCAUUUCCUACUGCAGUCCGAGAGCAUCUUCAGCACAUUGUCUUCAAAUGUUUUGUCUUCAUUCCCAGCUUACUGUCCCAGCACUUCCACCCCUGACGAACAUGAUAAUUUCAGGGUGCAUGUCACUGGAUGUGUGCAGCAGGGAGCUUUUGGACUCUGAUAUAAGUGAGCGUCAGACAGUCAUCAGCAUGCAGACAGUCACACGUACGCAGUUAGGACGCUCCCACCAAUGAUCUUUGGGCACAGCAGGAUUUUUGCCGUUCCACAGUGAGGUGGAAGCUGCGACUGGGCGGCCGGUUGCGGAGUCAUCUCGCCGAUCUCCGCCCGCCGACGGGACACUCACUCUGCACACACUCGGUUUUCCUUCAGGCUUUAAACGGGAAUUUCACAGGUGGACGGUGGGACCUCACAGCCAAUGGCAGGGAAACGGUGCAAUUGAUUCUUUCUUUCAUCCACCUUUGUGUCUAUUCCUUUGUUGUUGAUUUAUUUUACAAACUCUCUGAUAAAGAAUUCCAUUCUCAACAUCUGGUCCACUGAUGUUUACAUUCACAUUCGGUUGAUUAAAUGUAAUUCUGUGUUCUGGAAUGUCCCUCUCAGGCUCCUGUCUAACUGUUUUUUUGAACAAAAUCCUGUUGUCUGUGAUUGAGUCCCGUGUCUCCCUGUUCCGAAUGCUUUCCUGCACUGGUAUUCAAUUAUUGCUUUAUUUAUGUCUCUACAAAUAUAUGUGAAAUGUAAACCGAUGCAUAGAUUUAUUUCCUGAUAAUAUUGAAUGUCGCACAUGAAUAUUGUUAUCCAAUGUAGGGUGCCGGACUGAAUAAUCUGCCACGACAAAGAUGGACCCGCCACCUUCAGCCCAUGAAAAGUUUUAGAUCCUGUAAGGUGGAGACUGUAAGAUGUUGCAUUGAGAGAGAAAAAGGAACAAUGUUAUAUCAUUUCCAUAAACUGCUAUACAGUUAAACAAAUGUACAUAUUCUUUUGUAUGGAGAAUUCUUUUGGUUAUUAAAGACUUUCAGUCCAACGGCAUGGCUGUAUUUGCCCCCCCCUU